AUGGCCAUCAGCCUGCUCUUCUCUCUUCUGCUCCGCCUCCUCGCCGUGCAAGCGGCUUCGCCCGGCAGCGUCGGCAACGGCAACGACGACGAUGACGACAGCGCCCUGAUGACGUCCUGCCUCGCGGCCGCCGGCGUGCGCAACGUCACCACACGCCGCUCGCCCGCGUACGCCGCCGCGCUCGCCUUCUCCGUCCAGAACCUCCGGUUCGCGGCCGCCUGUGCGCACCACGGUCCGGCCGCCGUGGUCGUCCCGGCGUCCCUGGCAGAGCUGCGCGCGGCCGUGCUGUGCGCCCGGGAGACGGGGCUGGUGGUGCGCCUCCGCAGCGGCGGGCACAGCUACGAGGGCCUCUCCUACACCACGGACGGCGCCGGCGGCUUCGUCGUCAUCGACCUCGUGGCGCUAGACCGCGUUCGGGUCGACGCCGGAACGCGCACCGCGUGGGUCCAGUCCGGCGCGACGCUCGGCCAGGUGUACCACGCGGUGGCCGCGUCCAGCAAGACCCUGGCGUUUUCGGCAGGGUCAUGCCCCACGGUCGGCUCCGGAGGCCACAUCGCCGGUGGCGGGUUCGGGCUGCUGUCCCGCAAGUACGGGCUCGCGGCGGACAACGUGAUCGACGCCGUUCUGGUCGACGCCGACGGGCGCGUGCUGGACCGCGACAGCAUGGGCGAGGAGGUCUUCUGGGCGAUCCGCGGCGGCGGUGGCGGCGCCUGGGGCGCCGUCUAUGCGUGGCGCGUCAAGCUGAGCCCUGUCCCGGAGCGCGUCACCGUGUUCGUCGUGAACCGGCCCGGCACCGUGGAGUCGGUGGCACGGCUGGUGUCAACAUGGCAGCACGUCGCGCCGUGGCUGCCUGACGAGUUCUACCUCUCGGCGUUCGUCGGAGCCGGCCUGCCGGAGUCGGACGGGACCGGCAUUUCCGUCACCUUCAAGGGGUUCUACCUCGGGCGGUGCCAGGAGGCGUUGGAGAUACUCUCCACACGGUUCCCAGAGAUCGGCCUCGCGGACCUGAACCCGAGAGAGAUGAGCUGGAUCGACUCUGUGGUCUUCUUCUCGGGCCUGCCCGAAGGGAGCUCCACGUCGGACCUCACCGACCGGGUGCUCCACGACAAGAACUACUUCAAGGCCAAGUCGGACUUCGUGCGCCGGCCGACGCCCUUCGGCGAGCUGGAGGGAGCCAUCGGUUUCCUUUCCAAGCAGCCCAAGGCGUACGUCAUCCUUGACCCGUACGGCGGGGCCAUGGACCGGAUCGCCGCCGCCGACCUCCCGUUCCCGCAUCGCAGAGGAAACAUCCACGCGAUCCAGCAUCUCAUUGCCUGGACCGCCGACGACGACGGCCAGAGACAGGAGUACAUGGACUGGCUACGCCGGUUCUACGACCUCAUGGGAGCCUACGUGUCCAACGGCCCACGCACCGCCUACAUAAACUACCUAGACCUUGAUCUAGGCACCAACAACAAUGGCUCUCCUGCUCAUCAUCAUCCUAUAAUAGGAGACGGCGACCAAGAUGGCGGCAGUCCUCUCAACUCGGAGGUCGAGGCGGCGAGGACAUGGGGCGAGAGGUACUUCUUGAGCAACUACGACCGUCUCGUCCGUGCCAAGACCACCAUCGACCCGGAGAACGUGUUCUGCAAUGCCCAGAGCAUCCCGCCCCUCUUCGUGGGGGCUCUGCAGAUGACCAGGCGUCUUGCACAUGACAUCUAG